AUGGAGGAGGAACUCACACAACGAUGGGGAACAUUGAAUCCUAUAGAGGAAGAACAACAUGAACUGCUCUUACCAGAGGAAGAUGUUCUAUCUACCAAGCUCAGAGGCAGCCACUGCCUCUUUGCAUUCAUUCUAACCGACAAAAAUGCAAACCGAGAGGCUUUCAAGUCAACUAUGGCGAAGGUGUGGAAUCUAGCAGUGCACAACCUUCCAUUUACGAGCAUGAAUGAGCAUCUGGGGAAAAAGAUAGGUGCAGCCAUUGGAAAGGUACACACAGUUGAAAUAGACGACCGAGGUUGUGGUUGGGGGAGUUAUCUGAGCAUUAGAGUGGAAGUGAACGUUAACAAACCUCUGUUACGAGGCAAGAUGAUAAACCUCGGAGGUAAAAAAUGCUGGACUUAUUUUAAGUAUGAAAGACUAACAAACUUUUGCUUCAAAUGCGGCCUGUUGAAACAUGCAAAUGGGAAAUGUCCAAGUUUUAACCUAGUCUCUCAGUCCAAAGAACAACACGAGCAAUGGUUGAGAGCAGCUUCUAGUUUCCCUCAACCUGUCUCAGGGAAGAUGUAUGGUGGAUCACCGAUGUCCCCUUCCAAUCGGCCGCCUCGCAGGGAGCCAGCAGAGGUGGCAGGUGACGGGAAGGUGGUGGUUGAGAAGUCACAGUCAGUUGCAGAGGUCAAGUCUUCAAGUCAGAACAAUACAGCUUUCCACCAGUAG